AGAGCUGUGAAAGGUGUGAGAAAGCAGCAAGUGGUAUCUCAAAUUCUCCGCAGUCCACAUGUCCAUGAUUGAUUUUUUUGAAUGAAUGAAAUGACUUGAUUUUAAAUCAAACCUCUCUUCUUGUUCAUGCUUUCUCUGCUCUCUCACUCUCAGUCUUAGUCUCCGUUUUUUUUUUUCAGGAAAAUCUUUUUCUUCUUGACUUAGUUUUGCUGUUGAGAUUGUGUGACAAGCACCAACUUUCGUUAAUUCAACCUAGGACAGAAACCCUAGGAAUGGUACAAGGUUCUAUUACCAUAUGAAGCAGAAUUUUUUUUCUUGAAAGCCAGCGAUAAAAAGAAUGGUUUGAUCUAUUUGCUGAGGUAGUUGUAGAAUCAUUUAUUUGAUGUUAAUGAAGCAUUUAUUGUGAUUACUGGUGUUUAUUGAUUGAUUGAUAUUUAAUGUUUUUUAUAUAAUAUUGAUAAGAGGUUUUUGGCGUCGAUUAUUUCGGUGAAUAGAAAUAUAGAUUUUCUGGGUUUUAUUGCAGUAGCUUUGUGUGGAUUUCCUGGCUGAUAGGAAUUUUUUUUUUCUUUCUAUUUUUAUUUUAAAAAAUGCUUCAUUGUGUGAUGAGUCUUGUCGUGGGGUCGGAUUCAAGUAAUAAACUUGUAGGUUUGCUCACCUCUUCUGUGUGAGAAUUAUUGAAGGUAAAACGUGGAACAUUUCUAACCAAUAGAGUUGCAAAUUACAAUUAUUGGAAAGAGAGAGAUUGAAGAAAUAUAUGUUAAUGCUGUGCAAACAGCAGUCAGAAUAAAUACGAUAGUUAAUUUUAGAGAAGGGAAAGCCUUAUAUAGGAAAUAGGAAUUGUACCAGUUUAGAUAGAAGACUUUGGGUAGGAAUUGUACCACCACUUACUCCGGUUGUUUGGGUAAGAAUUACCAUCGUUAUUAAACUGGUAGGUGGUGGUUUUUUAACUCUUUCUUUAUAGUAGUUUGUUUGGAUUCUGGCAGUUGGCUUCUUUCUUUAGAAUGAAAAGGGGAAGAGAGAUUUCUGUAAUGGUCUCUUGGGCUUCAGAAUUUGCUUGAAUUAUUGGGUUUACAAGGUUGGAGACUGACAUCUUCAAUCGAGUAGGAUACAAAUUAUACUUUAGUUAGAUCUCUGUAUGCCAGGUGACAAGCGGAACCAAUAUUUUUCUAUCAAAAGGGAAACUAGGUUUUCCUUUUUGUGGUAUAAGUAACCGUUUAAAUCAUAGAAAUAAAAAGGAAAUACAUGGCCAGCGACUUGCAGAUGUGAGAGUUGAAGUAUCCGGUGGCCCACUUGCUAGUGCAUUUUAUGGAGAAGAGCGUAUGAAGUAUCAAGCAAUUCUAUGAGUUCACUAAUGGAGUGGAAUACAAAGAUCCCCUUACAAUGGGAUUGGGAAAACCUAAUAAUGUUCAAUGCAACAGCUGCUGAAAACCCUAGGAAAUUGCAACAAACAGAGUGGGAAAUUGAUGGAGAUGGGGGAAUUGACUCUGCAUCUUUCUUUUCAUCAGGGGGUGGUGGUAGUGGUGGUUCUGGCUCUGAUUUGGGACUUGCUUCUUUGUCAAAGAGCUCAAAAUCAGCUUCCAAUAAUUCAUCAUCAAUGGGAGAAACAAAAACAUCCAAAUUUGAUUUGGAGGCUUUUGAGGAAAAUCCCGAAGAUUUUGGCAAUCACAAAGAAUUUGCCAAGGCUGGACAAAAUACUGGUUCCCCGACACUUGAGGUUUCAGUUGGCUCUGUUGAGCCAUUGCUUGGUCUAAAGCUUGGCAAGCGAAUGUACUUUGAAGAUGUUUGUGCAGGGAGCAAUACUAAAGGUUCAUCUGUUUCUGUUACUCCUGCAUCAUCAGUUGCUCCAGCUAAGAGAUCCAAGUCCAAUUCCCAGGCUACACAUGUUGCUGCAUGUUGCCAAGUUGAAGGCUGUGGACUGGAUCUCUCAUCAGCUAAGGAUUACCAUCGCAAACAUAGAGUUUGUGAAGGUCAUUCAAAGUGCCCAAAGGUCAUUGUAGGUGGUGUUGAACGACGGUUUUGCCAACAGUGUAGCAGGUUCCAUGGUCUCUCAGAAUUUGAUGAAAGGAAGAGGAGUUGCCGUAGGCGUCUGUCUGAUCACAAUGCUCGGCGCCGCAAGCCACAGCCAGAAGCUAUCAGGUUAAAUCCAGCAAGGCUAUCUUCCUCACUCUAUGAUGGGAAGCAACAGAUGAAUUUUGUUUGGAGUGGACACCCUUUUGGUCAACCAAAGCCUAGUGAAAAUUUGACAUGGGAAACCAUAUCUGGCUCCAAGUCUAUUCAAACAAAAGGAUACAUGUUAAAGCCUUCAAAAGUUGGUGGCACUGAAGGGCUGUUGCAUUUACAAGGCAAUCAGGUUCCAAAUCCAGUGCAAUCACAUCGUCAUGAUUCUAAUGGGUUCUUUCUGUCCAAGGCCAAGGGUACAACGGUUGAGAUUCUCAACGAAGGUGUAGAAGAAUCCAUGAUAUCUUUCAAUUUGGGUGCGGCACAAGAUUGUCAUCGUGCUCUCUCUCUUCUGUCAACAAGUUCUUGGGGUUUAUGUGAGCCAAAACAGGUCCCACAUAACCACCCUAUAAAUACAAGUCAUACCAGCAUGCCUCAGACUGUGACACAUACAGUGGCCCAAGGUUCUCCACAUGCUUCAUCAGAGUACAGGCGGAUUCAAAAACAGUCAACUGAAUCCCAAGUGCAUACCUUGUGUUCACACAAUGAUGAUGAAAGUAAUUACAUCCAGGAGAUCCAGCUGUUCAGAUCACCAUAUGAGAAUGCGUUUUAUUCGAAUUGACUGCUAGGACCAUAUCAAUUUCAGCCUGAUAGUUUACAUGCCAAGGAAAUAUAAAUAGUUUGGAUGUUAUUAUCAGCAAUGAACACUCUCAGGAAUGACAUGCUUCCGGCUGCCAGAUUGCAGAGACCAAAAAGUUCAAUGAAGCCUUUUUUACCACAUAGUUUUUGUCCUGCUUCAUUAAUAUGAUGUAAUGUCACGAAUGUUAAGAAUCAAUUAAAUUUAAUAAUUUUGGUCUCUGAGACACAUGCCGGGAAAAGCAAAGGUUGAUGAGACUGUUAGUAUAAUCGCUUUGCUGCUGUUAUAGACCUUAAACCUAUAGUUUUAUGACUCAAAUGUAAUCAAG